UCGCCACACGUGUAAAUAAAAGCAAUAUUCUAAGUUCUUGUCAAAUGACAUGGUAUAAACUCCAAUUUUGCAUUCAUAAUUUUUACACCACAGGGCCGAAGAGGUUCUUUUGAAACACCUCUACAGGUCACGAAGAACGGACGCGUCGCUAUCCGAAUUUAGUCAUCACUGCCUGAGCUUUCCCUUCUGCUCACCUCCGUACACUUGGCCGCUCAACCGAAACUACUAUCUGGUAAAAUUGGGGGUGAAAGUAUUGAUCGGAAUAAAAUUAUCGCUUCGUCGACGCACACCUUCAUUAUUAGUCCAUACGUGACGAUCGAGUUACAGUAGCAACAUCGGCUUGACGGUCAGAGGAGACAAAAUGGCAAAGGUUGUAUCUCAAGAAACCUUUGAUAGUGUUGUUCUAGAAAAUGUUGUUGAAUUUGACAUGGAUAUUGAGGAUGCUAUAAAUGAUGCUAUAAAGGAGUUUGAAUCUCAGGGUGUCCAUCUUGGUACCAUUGUAAAGAAUAUGCACCUGAGUGAGGACAAGAAGAGCAUUGUUCAUGACAUUCUUGUUGCAUUAGAAAAGAUCAAGUGUGCUGCAGAUGGCUCUCCUACUGAAAGUGAUAUUGUGGAGCCCCUAGCAACUUUUAGUACUGAGUGCAAGGUGUCUGUUGCCCAUCGCGUCUUGGCCAAUAAUAACAAUGCUUAUGAAAUUCUUAUCAAGUUGAUAAAGAAAAUCCAGGGUGACUCUGCUCUCCUAGCCCCAUCUGUAAAAGCGAUGGGUGCUCUAAUGGAACAAAACUCCGAUAUACUAACUGCUGAGGGAAGUCAAUUAUUACUGGAUCUACUUAAGGACUGGACAACUCGAAAUGAAGAGUCACGAGUGCCAGAAUAUUUGGCUCGUUGGUCAACUGAAUGCUGUUUAAAGCAUGAACAGAAUCGCCAGAAUAUGGUAACAGCAGGUGCUCUGGGCAUUCUGGUAGCUUUCUUGCAGGGACAGAAAUCAAACUCCAAAGCUAUCAGAACAACCAGCAGAGCCAUUCGAGCUUUUACACUUGAUGACGAUAUGAGACAAGAGUACGGCAAGGCUCACGAACAUGCGAGGCUCUUAGUAGAAGAGCAUGGACUCAUUCCUGUUUGUUUAGAGAUGAUCAAAAAUUGCCUGAAUGAGAGUGACACUGCAAGUGAGCUGCUCUCUACCGUCAGUAAGCUGUGUGUCAGAGCUGAAUACUGUCAGGAAGCUGUUGAUCAUGGUGCUCUUGUUGUCAUCAAUGAUGUUCUAGUUUCAUUCCCAGAUCAUGCAGCUCUUAAUAAGCAAGCAAUCACAUUCCUUAAGACUCUUGUAGGGAAUGACAAAGUGAAGGCAGAGGCAAUGAAGACGGGUUCUCCUCAGUUAAUUAUUGCGGCACUUGCCAAACACCAGUCGGUACCUGGAGUGUGCGAGGCUGCAUGUGGUGCAAUAUCUUUCCUAGCGUUAAGAGUUCCAGCUCAUGCAAAGCAGCUCAUGCAACUAGGGGCAGGUCAGGCCGUUGUCCAGGCUAUGAAAGUACACUCCAAGCAAAAACAACUCCAGAAACUGGGCUGCAUGGCAAUCAGGAACCUCGUCUCGCGUGUGCCUGAAAACCAGCAAAUGUUUAUCGAGUAUAAUGUUGAGGAUGUGAUUCAUGCUGCUCUUGAGAACCAUGGAGAAGCUGUGAAGGAUGUAGCUCAAGCUGCCCUUAGAGACUUGGAUCUGAAGGUCAAUCUGGUGGAGCAAUGGAGAGGAACUGGCCAUGAAAUCAGUCGCUGAAGUUCCUGUGCUGAAAUCUCUGGUAGAGAACGUCCUCAUGUUUGUGAUCUUAUAUUGCAUUAACAGCAUUUAACUUGUCUUAUGGCAUAGCAUUGCCUUCUUGUGUUUGAGUUUAGAUUACUGCUCUGAGAUAUGGGUUAAAGUUAUCUGUUUCCUCUUUAGUCUUUUUCUCAACUUUACAAUAUGAAGUUAUGUGAGCACAAUAUAUUGGUCUGUUGGAGUUUACUAAUGUGAGCAGUGUAAGAAGUCUGCUUUAUAUCUGUAAAAGAAGGAACUUUUAGUUUACAUUACAUAAUGGUACAUGCUUGCAAAGUAUGGACUUUACUGUGUUAAUUUAUUUUGCACUUUAAUUUAAUAAUUGGCAGAUGCAUAAACAUGCUCAAAGAGCACAUUCUUAACAAAGUAAAUAUCCUUUUCAGGUUGGAUAAUUUCUCUUAAUGUUCUAAUUAAGGAGAUCCAUAGCACAAGCUUUAAUGCACAUUUAUUACAUGGUUUUGAGGUACCUACUCAGUAUGUUAAGUAAUCUGAAUUAUACUUUUUAAUGGGUCACAGUUUCAGCAUUUGCAUUUUACAUUUUUAAUGGGUCACAGUCACACUGUAUUAAGAACUUUUUUAGUUGAGUAACAAACUAAUCUGGCUUUCAUGCAUUAAACAGAAGAUUGGUGCUUUAUAUGUGGUGAAGUGUUAAAGCUCUUUACUGGAAUUACUUUAGUUUUUCACCAGCUUGAAAAACAAAUGAUAUCAGAGAGGAUUUCAUAACAGAUGUACAUAACUAUGUACUAAAUUAGGAAUAGGUAUUCAUAUAUUCUUUAAUGAGUUCCUUCCCCCAUGACAAAAAUAAAAAGAUAUCCUGAAGCCUUAUUAAAUGUGAUAAUUGUGUCUAAAUGUAUUUUGUGAUUCCACACCAAAAAUUCUUUAAAAAAGUCAUCUAGUCAUCCCAGCUGGAGUAAAUUUUGCAGACAAGGGAUGAGUAGUAUCUAAUUGGCUUUUAUGUUGUCAAACAGCUACAAAGAAAUAUUCUAAGAUGGCUGUUUAAGGGAGUUAUUUUGCAAUACAUAUUAGGUCUUGUCCAUGAGAGGCAGUGCCCAUCUAACAAAUAGUUACCAAAUCAUAAACCAAGGCAGAGGUGAUAUCAUAAGAAUUUGGGCCAUGCUGGCACUGCCUUUUGUGUAGAUAGGGCUUUAAAUGUUAUGCUGUAAGGAUUACUGCUAUGGUCACAUCUUGUUCAAGCUACUGUCAACUUAACUUGAAGUUUCCAGGAAAUGUUGUGCUCACUGUAGUAUUGUGUUGUGAAAUGUCUGCACAUAGAUGUCUCUGCAAGUGCUUAGCUGCAAUGGAGACAAUUAGACCUUGUAACCUCACCUGAUUUCACUUUUUUUACUAGUGCUAUCGAUAUUGAUGCUGUUGUUAUAUUAUAAUUAUAAUUAUUAUACUAUUAUUGACAGUAUUAACGGCAAUAUUAGAUUCCAGAAAUUAUUUUUGAAAAUCAAGGAAAAGGGUAAACAGGUGAGACAGGUAGUACUUGUAAUUGGCUCAUUGGUGCCUUAGUACCUGAGGAGCCAUGUGUAAAAACAAUUGAUAAGUAAAACUCAGUGGGCAUGGCCUGUUCAUACAUGACAUCCUGGCAGCUUUGGGUUAAUAGUUGCAUGUAUUUUAAUUAAACAUGGAAAUAGUUUAUUUAAGCUUAUUGACAUUUGAAGGUGCUACUUAUACUAUGGGUAUGUGAAAUAUGAUCCUUGAAUGGAGCAUUUGAUAAUUAAUUGCUGGUUUUGCUCAUGCUUUUGAAUUACACAUUUGCAACAUAUUUACCAGUAAAUUUGCUUGAAAGUGAAUCUCAAAAUCAGGUAUCAGGCAGUGAAUUACUUUGGUUCUCUGUUUAGGCAAUUAUUUUUUUCAAGAGAAGAGAAGAGAAGCCAAUGCUACUGAUUAUGCAUGGGAUAAAUUUCAGGGGAUUAAAACACCAAUGUCACCCAUAAUGCUUAUUGAAGGCAGUAUGAAAAUAGUUUCAUUUUUUUGUCUUAGUUUAAGUGUAAUGAAAACCUGCUGUGACAUUUUAUGUUUGAGUUUUCUUUCUCAUCAGAAAUAAGGCAAAGAAUGUAUAUUUCUUUAUUUUAAAAUAAUACUACACUGGCUUGCAAGUAGGUUGUUAUUGAUGAUGUAGGGAGUACUUUGGGUCCAAUACAUUCAUUCCAUCAAUACUUUCCUGACAUUUCAUAGUAGGAAAUGGUGUUCACUAGUUGGUUAUUACAUUAUGUGGCAGUAAUGCUUUUUAUAUUCUAGAAGUGAAAUCAAACCUUGGUAAAAUAUAUAUUGGUGAUUAUAAUACAACUGUUGGUAGAACUCAAGAGAUCACGUCAUUUAGUACAAACCAGUAAUGUUUGUAAUUUAAAUAUUAUUGCAGAUGGGACAGCCCAAGAACUAUUGAAACUUUUAUGUACAUCAAUUUUGUUUACAUUUUUGGACACAUAUGUUAUUAUUGCGGCUAUCAUUACUUUUUGUUUAUAUAUCUAUUUCAAGAGAAAGAAAUAAUUGAUUUUUGUAAAAUAUUUGAUGACAAGGAAGAAAAAAUAAUUUAUUUAUGAUGAUGGAAUAAUUAUUUUAUUAUAUUAUACAUGGACAAAUUAUAGUAUUUAUUUAAACCAAUGUAACCAUUACAUUACUAUUCAUUAAAAAAAGCUUCAAAUGUAUAGUGUACUUAUGAAUGGUGUGCAUUCUUGUGAAGUGACAAGCUAAAUAAUUUUGUAAUAUAGAAUUAUUUUCCUUUUUUGUUUGUUUCAUAUUAUAUUAUCAGUGCUGAAGAGGAAGAAGAACUAUAUAGCAUUUGAGGUUUGAAAUUUGAAGUUGGUAAAUGAUAGUGCUGUCUAUAGAAUGAUAAAACACUGCUACAGAAGGCUUGUUUGUAAUUGGCUACAAAUGUAAUAACUUACAUUCAUUUCUGUCUGAAGGGAAUCUUGUUAUGGUUAGCUUUGGUUUAAGAACAUACAAGUUUUUCAUAUGAUUUACAUUAAUGAACUAAUCUUCAUGCUAUUUAUAUGACUUUGUAAUUUGGAUUUUGAAAUAAAUGAAAAGAAGA